UUACCAAUUUGGGAGUUUUCUUAGCUCGCACUUUAUCUCUUUCGGCCAACAUAUAAAUCCCCAUAACAUUCAACCCCCUUACCAGACACGGACUCCGCGUUUCGUAGUAAUACAAAUCAACAGCGUAUUUUUCUUCUUCUUCAAAAAGGAAAAUUCCGAAAACGCUUUGAAUCGUGACCAUGGACAAGAACGUAGAGAAAAUGCAGGUCCGUAAGAAUUACCGGAAUCUCUGGCACACCGACCUCAUGUCCACCAUCCGAGCCGAUACUCCUUAUUGUUGCUUUGCAGUAUGGUGCGCUCCUUGUGCUUCUUACUUGCUACGCAAACGAGCUCUUUAUAAUGAUAUGUCAAGAUACACAUGCUGUGCUGGCUAUAUGCCAUGCAGUGGUCGGUGUGGAGAAAGUCGGUGCCCUGAAUUUUGUCUUUGCACUGAGGUUUUCCUUUGCUUUGGAAAUUCAGUAGCCUCAACACGCUUUCUGUUGCAAGAUGAGUUUAAUAUACAGACAACCCAAUGUGAUAACUGCAUUAUUGGAUUUAUGUUCUGCCUCCAACAACUUGCAUGCAUAUUUUCCUUAGUAGCUUGUAUUGUUGGAAGUGAUGAACUUCAAGAAGCUUCGCAGGUCUUGAACAUUUUGGCUGAUUUGACUUAUUGCACGGUUUGUGCAUGUAUGCAGACCCAGCACAAGAUUGAAAUGGAUAAAAGAGAUGGCAACUUUGGGCCACAACCAAUGAUGGCAGUACCACCAGUCCAGCAGAUGUCACGUUUCAAUCAGCCGACUCCUCCACCGGUUGGAUAUCCAUCCCAACCAGCAUAUGGGCAGCCUUACGGCUAUCCCCCACCCCCUCAAGCUCAAGGUUACCCUCCUGCAGGUUAUCCUCAACCUGCUCCUGCCUAUCCUUUUAACCGCUAGUGAUUUGGACUGUGAUGCCUGUGUCUCUGCUAUAGUAAAAUCUCACCUCCAAUGUCUAUAUCUGCCUUUUGAUGGCGUUUUCUCCCAAAUAUAUUUCUGUAUGCGGACAUUUUUCAACUUCCUAAUAUUUGUGUGUCUAUUUGGUUUCAUUAAUGGCAUUGAACUAUGUUUUAGAGGGAAAAUUAUUAGUUUACAUUUACCAUAUCUAGUGCAUUCCACAAAACCUGAGUGUUGUAUAUAUAUUGGAUCUAACCUUGCAAUAUUGUCAUCA